AAUUUUUGGAGCGGCUCAGAGGAACCACGUACGUACCGGAGAAGAGAGAAUACUCUGUUUUUAUCUUCCAAUCUCCACGUUUCUUCUCUCCAAAAAUUCCGUUUUUAUAUUUUUCUCUCUCUCUCUUGAACAAAAGUGAGAAAGCGACCAGAGUUCCGUACUUUGGAUGAGAUGUGUUUCGUCUCGCUGUUUCGUCAGUUUCCUCCUUCUUCUUCUUCGUCUACUUACCAUUAGUCUUCUCUCUCUCUCUGUCUGAAAACGACUCUCCUCUCUCCUCUGUUCCCCUCCCCAUAUUUCUUCUUCUUCUUCUAUCAUCCUUUCACAAUCUCCUUUUUUCGAUGCUUCAUUGAUUCACGAGAAAACACAAUUCAGUUUUUUUUUCUGAUAUUUUUCUUUUAAUAUUUUCCCCAUCUCUCUCUCUCUCUCGAUCGAUACGUUGCGUAAUAAUAAACCUGAUUCUGUUCUGUUCCUUGUUUCAGACUCUGUCUCUCUUAUACUCUGUUUCUGUUUCUGUUCUGUCUGUCUUUAAUAAAGUUUCUCUCUUUAAAGACGUUUAGUUUCCCGAGCUUCACUCUCUCUUGUCGGGAUUUCGUCUCAUGAUUCAUCAGAUCUCUGUUUGAAAGAUCCAAAAUCGCCGGAGAAAAUGGGAGGAUUAUUGCAUCUCUUCGAUUUCCACAACAACAGUUUCUCCCGGAAAGUUUUCUCUCAUCACAAAAGCCGCGACGAAGAUCUGGAAGCUCCGAGGAAUAGUUUCGAGCUACAAGUCGAUAACUUUCAGUCAUACCAUAACGAGAAAGUUAAACCGAAGAGUGAUAAAUUAGAGGAAGAGGAAUGGUACGAGAGAAGUUGUUACCCGAUUGAGGAAUCAAUGAAGAAGAAGAUCAUCGAUGAGCUUUCUAAAAAACGUUCCAACGAUAAACACAACAACACUCCUAGUCUUGUAGCUAAGCUGAUGGGAAUGGAUGCACUUCCUUUGGAUUCUACUGCUAAGUCAUCCCCUUGGAUCUAUCCUCCUCGUCAGAGUAAAGCGGAUCAUCGGUUUGAUAAUGAGAAAGGAGGAGGAAGAAAAAGUAGAAAAGGGAGGUUGUCUUCCUCGACGGUGACUGCGUUAGAUGUGAUGGAGACACCAAUGCGUCGUGAACAUCCUCAAGAAGAGGAGCUUCAAAGAUUCAGAAGAGAGUUUGAAGCUUGGCAAGCUGAUAAAAGGUUUCAAGAUUGUUCAAGAAUCGUUGAUUCGGGUUGCGUGGGGGCUCGGGAUGAUAAAGAGAGGCUUUUCACUAGAACUAGAAGCUUUGGUCGGGAUUUUAACUUGAAGUCAGAUAGAACUGCUCCAACUAGGAUUGUGGUUCUGAGACCUGGUCUUCAUAGAGCGUAUGAUUACGAAGAUUCGUUGACUACUUCUUCAGGGACGACAAUGGAAGGAAGCAGAGGAAGCAGCAUCGAAGAGUUUCUUGAGGAAGUUAAAGAGAGGUUAAAAGGUGAGCUUCAAGGAAAAGCAGCUCUCAAGAGAAGUUCAUCGGUGAGAGGAAGCGGAAUCGAGACUCCUUUCAGCGAAAGACCUUCUCCGAGGUCUGAACCGAUGAGACCAUACGGCAAUAGUGAGGUUCAGUGCAAUGCACCAGACUCUCCUACUGAGUUUAUAAGUAGAGAUACUAGAAAACUCUUGGCAGAGAGAUUGAAUAAUGUUUUGAGAAACGAGAUGAGUCCUUCCGAUGAUUCUAUGAUCAAAUGUAGUAGCCGUUUGCGACCUACCGUGUCGGAUGCAGCGAAGCAACUUGAUGAAAUCAAUCAAGAAGACUCUAGAACUAACAGAGAUGUUCCUAAGAAAGAUUCUUCAUCACCAAGAAAUCUCAAAAGAUCACUAUCUGCUCCAGUCUCAGGGAUGUCGUUUGGUAAGCUUCUGUUAGAGGACCGGCAUGUUUUGACAGGCGCACAGAUCAUGAGAAAGCAUGAGGCUACAAUAACAGAGCGAGAAGAAACAGAAUCAGAAACAAAACCAGUUGUUGUGGAUCCGAUCAGGAGGAAAGAAAGAUUCAAUCUCAGGAAAAAAGUUUCAAGCUUUAGAUCAACUCUUAGAGGAAGAAUCUUUGGUAAAAAGAUACGUUCAAUGAUCGAAUCAAACAGUUUUGAGGAUGAAUCGAUCAAAGAUUUCGUGACAGGAUCCAAGUUUAACAACUUUUAUGAUCGAAAUGAGAACUCAACAGAAGUGCCUCCAAGCCCUGCAUCAGUCUGCAGCAGUACACCAGACGAGUUCUGGAGAAAUGUGGAUUAUCUCAGCCAAGUUUCAACACCUGACGUGACUGUAUCGGAUGAGAACGGUAUGCCUCAAGUCUUCAGAGACAUCAGUUCCAAUCUAACUGAACUAAGAAGACAGAUAAAUGAGCUUGAAUCCGAUGUACAAGUGCGAACGCCAGUGGAUGAAGAACCGAUUCAAGACAUUGAGACCAUAGUUGAUUUAGGAAAUCCAGACAAAGCAUUUGUGAGAGAUCUUCUUGUGGCUUCUGGUUUAUAUGAAGGUACAUCAGAUAUAUCAUUGUCUAGAUGGGAUCCAUUAGCAAAGCUUAUUAAAAGGUCUGUUCUCGAAGAAACUAAAGAGAAUCUUAAGAAAAGAAGCAAUCAGAUUAAUCAAGAAGACGACGAUGCCGAAGAGAGUACUCUAAGUGAAGAAAAUCAUAACAUAUUGUUUGAUCUUCUGAAUGAAGUGCUCACGGUGGUGCUCGGACCAUUGACAAAGUCAGGGUUCAAGAGAAAACUUAUGAGUUCGUCUUUGUCUGAAUCGACGACUAUACGAGGUAAAUACCUGUUGGAAUCAACAUGGAGGAUCAUGUCCGAGUAUUUAUAUUCUCAGCCAGAGAAACCUUUUUGUUCAUUGGAUGGGAUCAUUGGUUGGGACAUGGAUAGGUUUCCAUGGAGUGGUUUGAUUGGUGAAGAAGUUAAUGUAUUGGGGAGAGAAGUUGAAGGCAUGAUCAUGGCUGAUCUUGUUGACGAACUUGUUAAGGAUCUAAAAAGGCAAAGAAGCUAAGAACUUAUAAGAUAAGAGUUAAACAUAUCUGAUUGGUUUGGUUUGGUGAAUAUGAAUGGUUUAAUUUUGGUGUGUUCUUUUUGUAAAUAGGGGGUUUUUUUUUAUGGAGUGUUUUUUUUUUCUUGAAGAAGUGAGUUUCCAUGAUAACUGUAAAUGUUUUCCUGCAGUACCAGGAAGCUAAGAUUUUCUGAUUGCUACAUAAAUUACUACUAGAUUCGGACCCGCACGUGCGGGAUUGAUUUAAAAAA